CAAGUACACAAUCUUCUUCUUCUUACAACUCUUAAACCUCACUCGGUCUCAUAGGGCUUUAGACAUUGACAUUGUGCGAUACACUUGAAGUUGAACCUGAAUUAUAAUAAUAAUAAUUAAUUAAUUUAUCAUAACAACAAUAAUUCAUGCUUGUUAGUCUUCAGCAUCAGCUUAAUUGAUUUUGAGUUUCAGUAAUGGCUUCCAGAGCGAUUUCAACCAGGAAAAGAUUCAUUUCUCAGUACUUAAAUCUCUCUAACCCAUUCCUACAAACCCUAUCCCUAUCACCGAACCAGCAUCUUCAUACUACUACCACUUCUACUUUUCAAAAUUCAGAUAGCGGUUGUGGAAACCCUAGAAGCUGCAGCGAUGGAGCGAAUCAUUACUUGCAACAGUUACUUCCGGGAUUAGGAGAUUUUAGGUGGAGAGGAAAUGGUAGAUCAGAGCUCGUGGUUCCUUUGGGGAUCAGAUACAGAUAUAUGUCUCUUUACAUUCGGAAUUCAUCUACUGCGGCGGCGACGGCGGCGGCGGAUAAGCAACGAGAUGUUGGCAGUGAUAACGAGGAUAAUGAAGAAUUGGUUAGUAGCCAGAAGAAAAGGAAAGAAGCAUCUCCUGAAGAAUGCGAUCAAGCCGUCGAAGGUUUGACUAGUGCGAAAGCUAAAGCCAAGGCCAAGAAGUUGCAAGAACAGAAAGCGGUUACCUCCAUUUUGCGUCGAGUUUGGACUACGAUUCUAGGGAUUGGUCCUGCCUUAAGAGCUGUGGCUUCUAUGAGCAAGGAGGAUUGGGCGAAGAAGCUUGUUCAUUGGAAAGAGGAGUUUGUAGCGACUUUGCAACAUUAUUGGCUCGGCUGUAAGCUCCUAUGGGCUGAUAUGAGAAUCUGUUCUAGGCUGCUGAUGAAACUUGCUGGAGGGAAGAGUCUUUCCAGAAGAGAAAGACAGCAGUUGACUCGAACAACAGCUGAUAUUUUCAGGCUAGUUCCGGUUGCUGUUUUCAUUAUAGUACCAUUUAUGGAAUUUCUGCUUCCAGUGUUUCUUAAAUUGUUCCCCAAUAUGUUGCCCUCAACAUUCCAAGACAAGAUGAAAGAACAGGAAGCAUUGAAAAGGAGGCUUAAUGCAAGGAUGGAAUAUGCUAAGUUUCUCCAAGAUACUGCCAAAGAAAUGGCAAAGGAAGUCCAAAACUCAAGGAGUGGAGAAAUAAAAAAAACAGCCAAAGAUCUUGAUGAGUUUCUCAGCAGACUUAGAAAGGGUGGCCGAGUUGCAAAUGAGGAGAUUUUGGGCUUUGCUAAGUUGUUUAAUGAUGAGCUCACCCUAGAUAAUAUCAACAGGCCACGACUAGUGAAUAUGUGCAAAUACAUGGGAAUCAGCCCGUUUGGAACAGAUGCAUAUUUACGAUAUAUGCUUCGAAAAAGGCUUCAAAGGAUCAAAGCGGAUGAUAAAUUAAUACAAGCAGAAGGUGUGGAGUCGCUGUCAGAGGCUGAACUUCGUGAAGAUUGUAGAGAGAGAGGCAUGCUGGGAUUGCUUUCAGUUGAGGAAAUGCGCCAGCAGCUUCGGGAUUGGUUGGAUUUGUCUCUUAAUCACUCUGUGCCAUCUUCACUUUUAAUCCUUUCCAGGGCAUUCACCGUAUCUGGAAAGGUGAAACCAGAGGAAGCUGUUCAAGCUACCUUAUCUUCACUGCCAGAUGAGGUUGUGGGAACUGUUGGAGUUACUGAAUUGCCUUCAGAGGAUUCUGUGUCAGAAAGGAGGAGGAAAUUGGAGUACCUUCAGAUGCAAGAAGAACUUAUUAAGAAGGAGGAAGAAAGAGAAGAAGAAGAACAAGCAAGAAUUAAGGAAUCUAAGGGUAGUCAGGAGGAUGUGGCUUUGAAAGAGAUGACUAUUCCAACAGCAAGAGAAGCCCAAGAGCAAGCGAGAGCAAGAUCAUCAGAAAAGCAAGAACAGCUGUGUGAACUCAGUCGUGCAUUAGCUGUUUUAGCUUCCGCAUCUUCGGUGAGUAGAGAACGUGAAGCGUUCCUUGGGCUUGUAAAUAAGGAGAUUGAACUUUAUAACAGCAUGGUUGAGAAGCAGGGAAUGGAUGGAGAAAAGGAUGUUCUAAAGGCAUAUAUAGCUGCCCGAGAAGAAAGUGAGCCUGAUAAGGAGGUAGCUGAAGGCCAUGAAGCUUCAUCAGCACUAAUUGAGAGAGUUGAUGCAAUGCUUCAAAAUCUUGAAAAAGAAAUUGAUGACGUGGAUGCUAAAAUUGGUGAUCGUUGGCAGCUACUUGACAGGGAUUUUGACGGGAAAGUGACUCCUGAGGAAGUAGCAGGUGCGGCAAUGUACUUGAAGAAUACAUUAGGAAAGGAGGGUGUCCAGGAACUUAUAAGCAGUCUUUCCAAGGACAGAGAGGGGAAGAUUCUUGUAGAAGAUAUUGUGAAGUUGGGGAGUCGGAGUGAAGAUUCGAACACAGCCUGAUGGAGCAACAAUGUAGAGUAAGUAGAGACCGGGUAUAAAUUUUUGUCGGCGCAGAGUUUUGGUUGACAAGACCAACCACCUUUAUAAGAAUAUUUUUUUACUUCUGUAAAACUCAAUGCUCUCAUAGAUAAGGGAAAAAGAAAGCGCAUGAACAUGUUUUUGUUACUCCCUCCUCGUCCCUCUUUUAACAUUUAUGCUUUAUUUUGGCAUGAGAGAUUUUUGGAUGGAUGGAUGGAGAGAAUUGUUAUUCCAAGGGAGAAUCUCUAUAUAGAUGAUAUGUACAUAUGCAUACACAUACUACUAAACUCAAUACUUUUAUUAAGUAUUUAUUAUUUCUUUA